AUGGAAAAGAGGCUAACCACCGCUCUACCAGCCACCAAUGUACCAGCCACCGCUCUACCACCCACCGCUCUACCACCCACCGCUCUACCACCCACCAAUGUACCAGCCACCGCUCUACCACCCACCGCUCUACCACCCACCGCUCUACCACCCACCGCUCUACCACCCACCGCUCUACCACCCACCAAUGUACCACCCACCAAUGUACCAGCCACCGCUCUACCACCCACCGCUCUACCACCCACCGCUCUACCAGCCACCAAUGUACCAGCCACCGCUCUACCACCCACCGCUCUACCACCCACCGCUCUACCACCCACCAAUGUACCAGCCACCGCUCUACCACCCACCGCUCUACCACCCACCGCACUACCACCCACCGCUCUACCAGCCACCAAUGUACCAGCCACCGCUCUACCGCCCACCGCUCUACCACCCACCGCUCUACCACCCACCGCUCUAAGACCCACCGCUCUACCAGCCACCAAUGUACCACCCACCGCUCUACCACCCACCAAUGUACCACCCACCAAUGUACCACCCACCAAAGUACCACCCACCAAUCUACCACCCACCAAUCUACCACCCACCAAUGUACCACCCACCAAUGUACCACCCACCAAUGUACCAGCCACCGCUCUACCACCCACCGCUCUACCACCCACCGCUCUACCACCCACCAAUGUACCAGCCACCGCUCUACCGCCCACCGCUCUACCACCCACCGCUCUACCACCCACCGCUCUACCACCCACCGCUCUACCACCCACCGCUCUACCACCCACCGCUCUACCAGCCACCAAUGUACCAGCCACCGCUCUACCACCCACCGCUCUACCACCCACCGCUCUAAGACCCACCGCUCUACCAGCCACCAAUGUACCAGCCACCGCUCUACCGCCCACCGCUCUACCACCCACCAAUGUACCAGCCACCGCUCUACCGCCCACCGCUCUACCACCCACCGCUCUACCACCCACCGCUCUACCACCCACCGCUCUAAGACCCACCGCUCUACCAGCCACCAAUGUACCACCCACCGCUCUACCACCCACCAAUGUACCACCCACCAAUGUACCACCCACCAAAGUACCACCCACCAAUCUACCACCCACCAAUCUACCACCCACCAAUGUACCACCCACCAAUGUACCACCCACCAAUGUACCACCCACCAAUGCACCACCCACCAAUGUACCACCCACCAAUGUACCAGCCACCGCUCUACCACCCACCGCUCUACCACCCACCAAUGUACCAGCCACCGCUCUACCGCCCACCGCUCUACCACCCACCGCUCUACCACCCACCGCUCUACCACCCACCGCUCUACCACCCACCGCUCUACCAGCCACCAAUGUACCAGCCACCGCUCUACCGCCCACCGCUCUACCACCCACCAAUGUACCAGCCACCGCUCUACCGCCCACCGCUCUACCACCCACCGCUCUACCACCCACCGCUCUACCACCCACCGCUCUACCACCCACCGCUCUACCACCCACCGCUCUACCACCCACCGCUCUACCACCCACCAAUGUACCAGCCACCGCUCUACCGCCCACCGCUCUACCACCCACCGCUCUACCACCCACCGCUCUACCACCCACCGCUCUACCACCCACCGCUCUACCACCCACCGCUCUACCACCCACCGCUCUACCACCCACCGCUCUACCACCCACCGCUCUACCACCCACCAAUGUACCAGCCACCGCUCUACCACCCACCGCUCUACCACCCACCGCUCUACCACCCACCGCUCUACCACCCACCGCUCUACCACCCACCAAUGUACCACCCACCAAUGUACCACCCACCAAUGUACCACCCACCAAUGUACCAGCCACCGCUCUACCAGCCACCAAUGUACCAGCCACCAAUGUACCAGCCACCGCUCUACCACCCACCGCUCUACCACCCACCGCUCUACCACCCACCAAUGUACCAGCCACCGCUCUACCACCCACCGCUCUACCACCCACCGCUCUACCACCCACCGCUCUACCACCCACCGCUCUACCACCCACCGCUCUACCACCCACCGCUCUAAGACCCACCGCUCUACCAGCCACCAAUGUACCACCCACCGCUCUACCACCCACCAAUGUACCAGCCACCGCUCUACCACCCACCGCUCUACCACCCACCGCUCUACCACCCACCAAUGUACCAGCCACCGCUCUACCGCCCACCGCUCUACCACCCACCGCUCUACCACCCACCGCUCUACCACCCACCGCUCUACCACCCACCGCUCUACCACCCACCGCUCUACCAGCCACCAAUGUACCAGCCACCGCUCUACCACCCACCGCUCUACCACCCACCGCUCUAAGACCCACCGCUCUACCAGCCACCAAUGUACCAGCCACCGCUCUACCGCCCACCGCUCUACCACCCACCAAUGUACCAGCCACCGCUCUACCGCCCACCGCUCUACCACCCACCAAUGUACCAGCCACCGCUCUACCACCCACCGCUCUAAGACCCACCGCUCUACCAGCCACCAAUGUACCACCCACCGCUCUACCACCCACCAAUGUACCACCCACCAAUGUACCACCCACCAAAGUACCACCCACCAAUCUACCACCCACCAAUCUACCACCCACCAAUGUACCACCCACCAAUGUACCACCCACCAAUGUACCACCCACCAAUGUACCACCCACCAAUGUACCACCCACCAAUGUACCAGCCACCGCUCUACCACCCACCGCUCUACCACCCACCAAUGUACCAGCCACCGCUCUACCGCCCACCGCUCUACCACCCACCGCUCUACCACCCACCGCUCUACCACCCACCGCUCUACCACCCACCGCUCUACCACCCACCGCUCUACCAGCCACCAAUGUACCAGCCACCAAUGUACCAGCCACCGCUCUACCACCCACCGCUCUACCACCCACCGCUCUACCACCCACCGCUCUAAGACCCACCCGCUCUACCAGCCACCAAUCCACCGCUCUACCGCCCACCGCUCUACCACCCACCGCUCUACCACCCACCGCUCUAAGACCCACCGCUCUACCAGCCACCAAUGUACCAGCCACCGCUCUACCGCCCACCGCUCUACCACCCACCAAUGUACCAGCCACCGCUCUACCGCCCACCGCUCUACCACCCACCGCUCUACCACCCACCGCUCUACCACCCACCGCUCUACCACCCACCGCUCUACCACCCACCGCUCUACCACCCACCGCUCUACCACCCACCAAUGUACCAGCCACCGCUCUACCGCCCACCGCUCUACCACCCACCGCUCUACCACCCACCGCUCUACCACCCACCGCUCUACCACCCACCGCUCUACCACCCACCGCUCUACCACCCACCGCUCUACCGCCCACCGCUCUACCGCCCACCGCUCUACCACCCACCGCUCUACCACCCACCGCUCUACCACCCACCGCUCUACCACCCACCGCUCUACCACCCACCGCUCUACCACCCACCAAUGUACCACCCACCAAUGUACCACCCACCAAUGUACCAGCCACCGCUCUACCACCCACCGCUCUACCACCCACCGCUCUACCAGCCACCAAUGUACCACCCGCCAAUGUACCACCCACCAAUGUACCACCCACCGCUCUACCGGCCACCGCUCUACCGGCCACCGCUCUACCGGCCACCGCUCUACCACCCACCGCUCUACAACCCACCAAUGUACCAGCCACCGCUCUACCACCCACCAAUGUACCAACCACCGCUCUACCACCCACCAAUGUACCACCCACCGCUCUACCGGCCACCGCUCUACCGGCCACCGCUCUACCGGCCACCGCUCUACCGGCCACCGCUCUACCACCCACCGCUCUACCACCCACCAAUGUACCACCCACCGCUCUACCGGCCACCGCUCUACCGGCCACCGCUCUACCGGCCACCGCUCUACCGGCCACCGCUCUACCACCCACCGCUCUACCACCCACCAAUGUACCACCCACCAAUGUACCAGCCACCAAUGUACCAGCCACCGCUCUACCACCCACCGCUCUACCACCCACCGCUCUACCAGCCACCAAUGUACCACCCGCCAAUGUACCACCCACCAAUGUACCACCCACCGCUCUACCACCCACCGCUCUACCACCGACCAAUGUACCAGCCACCGCUCUACCAGCCACCAAUGUACCACCCGCCAAUGUACCACCCACCAAUGUACCACCCACCGCUCUACCACCCACCGCUCUACCACCGACCAAUGUACCAGCCACCGCUCUACCACCCACCAAUGUACCAACCACCGCUCUACCACCCACCAAUGUACCACCCACCGCUCUACCACCCACCGCUCUACCACCCACCGCUCUACCACCCACCAAUGUACCAGCCACCGCUCUACCGCCCACCGCUCUACCACCCAGCGCUCUACCACCCACCGCUCUACCACCCACCGCUCUACCACCCACCGCUCUACCGGCCACCGAUGUACCAGCCACCGAUGUACCAGCCACCGAUGUACCAGCCACCGAUGUACCAGCCACCGAUGUACAUUGUUUUAACUAUAAGAAACAGAAAGCGAAAGCUACA